CGGCUGCCUCUCAACAUCGGGCACCGGGGUUACAAGGCCCUAUUCCCGGAGAAUUCCAUGGCCGCGUUCCACGCUGCCGUGGCCGCCGGCGCACACGCCGUCGAAACAGACCUGCACCUGUCCCGCGAUGGCGUCGUCGUACUGUCCCAUGACCCAACCCUCAAGCGCUGCUUCGGCGUCGACGCAAGGAUAGCCGACUGCGAUUGGGCGUACCUCUCUACCCUACAAACGCUGCGCGAGCCGCGCCAGGGCAUGCCGCGCCUGGCAGACCUGCUCGAGUGGCUGGCCGGGCUGGAGUGCUCGAGAGACAGCGCCGCCGUCUGGCUGCUGCUCGACGUCAAGACGGACGACGACCCGGAGCGGCUGCUGCCCGCCGUGGCGCACACCAUUGCUUCCGUCCCGCCUUGUGCUGAUGCUGGUGCUGGUGGCGGGAAGGGGUGGAAGGAGAGGAUCGUGGUGGGUUGUUGGAAUGAGAACUACAUCCACCACGCCCGCCUCCACCUCCCGGGCCACCCGCUCGCCUAUAUCGGCUCCUCGCUGCUCUACGCCCGCAGGUUCUUGUCGGACGAACACGCCGACGUGCAGUUCAACCUAUUCCAGCCCACCCUGGUCGGCCCCGUCGGCGCGCACUUUCGCCGGGAGGUGCGCAAGAGGGGGAGGAAGCUGUUUGUGUGGACCGUCAACGACAGAGGGUGGAUGGAGUGGUGUAUCAGGAAGGGUGUGGAUGGCGUAAUUACCGAUGACGUGGGGAAGUUUACGGAGGUCAGGGACCGGUUUGGAGAUGGUGAUGGCGGUUUUGAUGGGGGUGAGGGUGACGGUGGUGUGACGGCGGGAAUGGUAGUCAAGGGGAGCGGUGGAAAGGGGGAAGAAGGUGUCAGGUGGCCGCGCAUGCUGAGACUGUACUUCUCGGCCAUCUUGUUGCAGGCUGCGGCCGCCGUGGUUAGUGUGUUGUUGUGGCAUCGGCUGAGCACCAGGGGCCGUGGCGGGAAGGGCAGGAAGGCC